GACCGAGCUUUUAGCGUUUAGUAACCAUACCUGAAGUUCAUUUCUAAUAAUGGACUGGAAUUUGAAUACUUCCACAGAAUGGGACUGGGAGAAUAUAGCCAUGUAUAGUACCAAAGAAAUGGAAGUAGUCCCCAAGAAUUUGCAAUUUUCUAACCAAGAAACUGGAAGUAACGUGGUCGUAGACAAUGUGGAUUUCUCUUUCUCGGCUUCUGCUGAUUCUUCGUCUAAAGAAACAAUCAAGAAUUUUGGACCGUUUGAUGAUUUACCUAAAGAGUUUUUAGAAAAGGAAGAAUCUUCUUGGGUAGGAGAAAACGGAAGCUUCCCAACAAACGUUGUGGAAGAAGCUAAUUCGGUGUUAUCUGGUGAAGCAAUGGUUGGUUUAAAGCUUGGCAGGCAUUCGGGUGCUUCUAACUGUAAUAAUAAAACAGCUACGACGACAUCAGUACCUUUGUUUCCUACGUCGUCUCCCAUGAUAAAGAGAUCAAGAGCGUCUUACCUUAGUUCACAGUUGCCGCGGUGUCAAGUGGAAGGAUGCAAUCUAGACCUUUCAUCUGCUAAAGACUACCACCGUAGACAUAGGAUUUGUGCUAAUCAUUCCAAAAGUCCUAAAGUUGUUGUAGCUGGGAUGGAACGUCGGUUUUGUCAACAAUGUAGCAGGAAAGUUACGUUCCAUGAUUUAUCAGAGUUUGAUGAUAGAAAACGUAGCUGUCGUCGACGCCUUUCUGCACAUAAUGCAAGACGCCGUAGACCACAGUCAGAAGAGCUCCAAUUUGGCUCCACACGGAUGUCUUCUUCAAUAUCUGAUCGAAGACCACAGAUGAACUUUCUUCUAAAUAGGACUUCGAUACCAAUUCUGGAUUCAACACCACCCGAAAGUUCUUGUAACUUUAAAGGAGAAGAGUGUCUGUUAGGUCUUGCAAAAGGUGGAGGGAUUGAUGCCUUGCCAACGACUACUGGUGCCUUAAACUUCAGUUCUGAUCAAAGGUUUAUAUCUCGUAAUGCUAAUCAUAAUGGUAUGGAUGCAACUUCAAACUCAAUUUUAGCAGGUGAUGUUAGGCAUGCUUUCUCUCUUCUGUCAACAAGUUCUUGGCCUUCGAGUUGGCCUGAAGAACCUUCGCCAACCUUUGAUCAGUUUCCUCACGGAAACAGUACGAUCAGCUUGGCACAGCCAGGAAUGCCGUUGGAACUGCAGAAUGCAUCCAACAAUACUCAGCUCCAAGACUUUCAUUCCUUUAGAUCACCUCAUGAAUUUGAACGCUUUUAUUCGAAUUGAAGUUGAUUGGUUAAUAACUUUUCAAUAAGCCUUUUUAGAAACAUAUCUGCACAAUUCAUGUAAGCAGGGUCCAGGGCUAGGUAGAAAAUUCUUAAUGGCACUAGAACAAAACGACACGAUUGGAACCCCAUUGAAUAGCUCCUUUAAAAAUGAAUUUCUCUUCAUGAUCAUGAGGGUAAGCGUUGAGCUCAUAUUUAAGGAUUAAAGGGAGCUCAACUUUAAAGUUAAUGAGGAUCCAAAGGAUCUCUUGUUGUCCAUUUCCCACGCUAAAAUCCUUGAAGAGGAAACCCGAGAAAGGGGACUAAAGAUCACUUGUCGAAAUAAAGGUCAGUUCUUUUUAUGAAGUUUAGCAUCAAGCAUUUAAGCGUUUUCUGAUUUCUCGGAAAUGGU